UUCUCUUGUGUGGGUGUGUAUUGUUUUGGUUUUCUAGUGUUUUGUGGGUUUUCUGGUGUGGGUGCAUAUUUUCUGGUGUGUGUGUGUAUUGUUUAGGGUUUUUCUGGUCCUGAUGAAGCACGUGUUAAUAUUGUUAGGGGGAUGGACACACAGGUUAUGUUAAUUUGUUGUUAUGGAAAUGUUAAUGCCGCAAUUAAUUUGCAAGCUCCAUUUCGGUUUGAUGACAUGGUUAAUUGUGCGUGCGAAAAGUUUCCUGGGUUAACACCGGCCCAAGUGUGUUUGUUCUUCAAGAUACUAGGUUAUAACAAUUUCAUAUUACAUAAUGAUGUCGAUGUGGAAAGCAUGGUAUCUCUUGCAUGGUCUUUCCGUCUGCAAUGCAUCGAUGUCAUCAUUCAAUUACAAGAGUCACGCGACGCUGACAAUGCUGGCAGCCCGGUUCAUAAUCUGCAGACUGUCCCGUGUCAUACAGCGGGGGUGUUUGAUGAUUCGGACAUGGAUGACGAACAAGAGUUAUUGGAAAAUUUCUGCCCUCACAUUGAUAAGGUUUUUUUGUCUGCUCCAUGGGCUAAUGGGAUUCAACAUGUUGGUCAAAGUUUUCAAGGUGGAGCAUCUAAAUUUCGAAAUGUUCUUCGCAAGUAUGCGGUUGAGUGUGGCUUUCGCUUCGAAUUUGUGAAGAACGAUUCUGUUCGAAUCACAGCUGUAUGUACGAUGAGGGAAUCGAGAGGAUGCAUGUGGUUUGUACAUGCACGUGUAUUGCAUGCAAAUGGAUUUUUCUACCUUCGUAAGUGGAACAGCGAGCACAUUUGUGGUGUUGCUGUACGGACCCCCAAAAACCCUAGGGCUGGUUCCGAUCUGGUGUCCGAUGUUAUUUGUGAACGGGUAUGUGAUAAACCACUCACAAGGCCUACUGAUGUUGUGUAUGACUUGAAAAAAGAUUACGGAUUGGAGGUUAGUUACCGAGUUGCAUGGUUAGGUGUAGAAAAAGCUCGUGGUGAAAUGUUCGGUGCACACUCCAUUUCAUUUGACCAACUACGAUGGUAUAGUAGCGUAGUAAUGGAAAAUAAUCCUGGGAGUUACAUCAACAUUGAAUAUGAUGAACAAAACUACCGUUUCAUACGGUAUUUCAUAUCAUUCAAAGCAUGCAUCGACGGGUUCAACCAUUGCCGCCCAUUGCUUUUCUUGGACGGGACUUUUCUAAAAGGAAAAUUCAAGGGGAACUUGCUAGCCGCAACUGCGAAGGAUGGCAACCAAGGUUUAUUCCCUGUGGCCAUUGCGAUUGUUGAUUCUGAAAACACCACAAAUUGGGCUUGGUUUUUGGAACACCUCGCAAACGUCGUAAACCGGCAAAGAACACUUACAUUUGUCUCUGACCGACAUGCGGGGUUACUAGAAUCGAUACCCAUCAUAUUCCCCACAGCGAAGCAUGCGUUUUGCUUACAACAUUUGCAGCGUAACUUGCAAGACAAGUUACGUUAUGUGAACAGUUCAUACCGGUCUGUGAUGUUGGCUAAAUUUCGUGCCUGUGCGUAUGCUCCGACUGUGGCUGCAUUCAACCAGAGUAUGGAAGAGUUCACAAAAUGUGGACAUAAGGUUGUGCCUGCUUUCUUAAAAGAUUUACCCCCAUAUUACUGGGCGAAUGCUUACUUCCAAGGUUCACGGUACGGUGAGAUGAGUUCCAACGCCAUUGAAUCAUUUAACUCAUGGAUACGGGAAGCACGCCACCUACCAAUAACUCAAAUGAUUGAUAAUAUCCGGGCAAAAAUUAUACGCCAGAUGGCAAAACGGAGACGUGAGGCAAAUACGUGGGCAGGUGUUAUUUGUCCCAAAAUGGAAGCUCGGUUGGUCAAAGCGUACAACAAAGGUAGAUCGUGGCUUGUAAGCCAAUCAAACGAUGACGUGUACGAGGUUCACUCUUUUCCAUCCGUCAUGGUCGAUGUUGGCAGACGUACAUGUUCUUAUUUCAAGUGGCAAAUCAACGACUUUCCAUGUGCUCAUGCAGUCGUGGCAAUCCGAAACAGUGGUCUAAACCUGUACCAGUUAGUUAUUCCCUACUACCAUGUGGCUGAGUACCAGAAUUCAUAUGCACAAAACAUAACCCCCAUUCCAACUGUAGAGAAACCACAAUUUGACUCUGCAGAUUUUGUCAUACAUCCCUCCGCUGUCAAACGCCCACCGGGAAGGCCCAAGAAGAAACGCAUGCUUUCCAAAGGGGAACAAGUCCAACAAAUUCGGUGUGGUCGUUGUCAACGCAUGGGUAACCACAACAGGAAAACGUGCAAGGAACCAAUUUAG